GGUUUUACGGUGAUAACGAUUCGCUCUGAACUGGGUGCACACACGUUCUGAACCUAUUCAUUAUUUUGCCACAACUGCUUGGGUAUUGGGUAUAUUUUCGAGGUCGUGGUAACAUGUCGGUUACGUCUGUGUUAAAACAGUUUUUUACUCAAUCGCACCGUUUGCUACGGUAUCGAAGGAAAAGUGCGGUUACGUUUCACGCACGGUCUAAGAUUUUUAUAACACCAUUCCUGCCCCAUUCGUAUGGCGGAAAUAAGGUACCACUCAGCACCGGUGCACAGCCACUGAGGUCGCAGGAGAAGGUGACAAUUCAUUUCAUUAAUCGUAACAGAGAAAAGAUCACCACUUCAGGUUCCACGGGCGACAGCCUUCUAGACCUGGUGGUCAACCAAAACCUAGAUCUGGAUGGCUUUGGUGCGUGCGAGGGCACCCUUGCCUGCUCUACCUGUCAUGUCAUCUUGGAUCAGAAGGUGUACGACCAGCUGGGGCCCAUCACUGAUGAGGAGAAUGACCUGCUAGACCUGGCCUAUGGCCUCAGUGACACAUCUCGUCUGGGUUGCCAAGUCUGCCUAUCCAGAGAUCUGGAGGGUAUAACAGUCUGCGUGCCAGACGGGGUGAACGACAUGAGAAGCUCUGAGGAUACUGGGCCUAAACUGUAAAAAGGGUUGUUUUAUACUGUAGUAUUUCAUAUAUAAAAAGAGGAAAGUAUUGUAUUCAUUAUUUUACUUUUCACAUACAAAUUGCAGCCUACUCUACUUGAUUUAAGGCAUUCGGAUAAAUGAUACCGUAAAUUCUCAAUAUAUACUUUGGAUAAACGUACUGUAAAUAUGUCAUUUUUCUCCAAAAGGUACUUUAAUUCCCACCUACUGAUUAUAGUGGCACUGGAGGGUGUUUGGCAUUGUUUUGUUUUUGUCUCAUUAACAUAUUUUUUAGGCAUUUUCUUUUCCAGAAUAUUAGUGUGAUUUUGUUACCACUAAGCGUUUAGUAAUGUAAUAAAUAGAUAGUAUCCAAAUGAUCCAAAUGAAGUAUCCACUUAAUUGUACAUGGUACAAACACUUUCUAUUGUUGAAAAUACUGAAAUAAAUUUAUUU